GACACCUUUCAAAUGUGUGUACGACUUGUCCUGCCUUUUAAAUAUCAGUCUUACGCCGGCAUCAAACCCCAUAACAUCAAAUAUAUCUUGUUAAGUGUUCAAGUGUUUUGGAUUUUCGUUGGUCCAAUCUUUCAAGGCUUAGUCAUGUGUUGUGGACCUUGCUGUGACACCUGCUACUACCCCUGCUGCAGUCCUUGCUUCAGUGGUAGACGCUUUGGACCGCGAUGCGGCUUCUAUAGUGGACCAUGUGGACCUUGCUGUGGCGGCGGCUGCUGCAGUAGUUGCGGUCCCUCCUGCUAAGAUGAGCAAGAUGCUUGAAUACUUAAACUUAAAACUUAAAAACAAGAUAAGGUUGUAAUAAAGGUGUAAGACUUACAUAA